UUGCCUUUCUCCUUCUUUCGCUUCCCUCUCUUUCUGUCUCUCCUUUCUUUUACUUUUCUGUGGAGAAAGGGAGACACAAAGCACAAUGGAAAAAAGUAAGCAGCCUUUUUGUUGGGUUCUUUUAGCCUUUUUCAUUCUCUCAUGCCUUGUGGCUCAAACUCAUGGGAGGAUGAAAGAACAAGGCUUACACCAUUUCUACAAGUCCACUUUGAAGCCGGAUUCCGGCUUCGACUCAAGCCUUUUCCAGGCAACUGAUGACCUUGUUAAUCAAACCAAUAUUCUCCCUCAGGAGGGCUUGAAAGAGAGAGAUUUGAUUAAGGCAUUGCCUGGACAACCUCCGGUGAAAUUCUCUCAAUACGGCGGUUAUGUCACCGUGAAUAAAGCGGCCGGUCGCGCGCUUUAUUAUUACUUUGUCGAAGCCGAUCAACCGUCUAAGGAAACAUUGCCUCUUCUUCUCUGGCUUAAUGGAGGCCCAGGUUGUUCAUCUCUUGCUUAUGGAGCAAUGCAAGAACUAGGACCAUUUCGUGUGAAAAGUGAUGGCAAAACACUUUUUAAAAACAAAUAUUCUUGGAAUUAUGCUGCGAAUGUUCUGUUCCUUGAGUCACCUGCUGGGGUAGGAUUUUCAUACUCCAAUACGACAUCGGAUUAUAGUAAAAUGGGAGAUAAAAUAACAGCAGCAGAUAAUUAUGUGUUUUUGGUGAAUUGGCUAGAGAGAUUUCCUGAGUACAAAAACAGGCCUUUUUAUAUUUCUGGAGAAAGCUAUGCUGGCCAUUAUGUUCCCCAGCUUGCUCAUACCAUUCUUUAUCACAACAAGAAGGCUAAUAGGACCAUUAUCAACCUCAAAGGGAUCAUUAUCGGAAAUGCAGUAAUCAACGAUGAAACUGAUGAACGCGGCAUGUACGAUUACUUUGCGACACACGCUCUCGUUCCGGACCGAGUCGUGUCUCAAAUACAAAAAUACUGCGAUUUCUCGCCCAAUGCCGGCAAUCAGUCCCGUGUGUGCAGUGCAGCCCUUGAGGCAGUCGGCCCCAAUAUUGGCAGCAUUAAUAUCUAUAACAUCUAUGCUCCCCUCUGUUUUUCUACCAAUAUCACAGCCCUCCCCAAGAAAGCUUCUAUACUGAAUUUUGAUCCUUGUAGCGACUAUUAUGUGUAUGCUUAUUUGAACCGACCUGAUGUUCAAGAAGCCCUUCAUGCCAAUGUUACAAAACUUACACAUGACUGGGAGCCAUGCAGUGAUGUCCUAACGACGUGGUUAGAUAGCCCAUCAACCAUCAUUCCCCUUCUGCAGGAGUUCUUGGCCAAUGGACUUAGAGUUUGGGUUUUUAGUGGUGACACUGAUGGAAGGGUUCCUGUUACUUCAACAAAGUACUCUCUAAACAAAAUACACCUUCCUGUGAAGACUACUUGGCAUCCUUGGUUCGUCAAGGGAGAGGUUGGUGGCUACACAGAAGUGUAUAAGGGAGACAUAACAUUCGCAACAGUGAGAGAUGCAGGACAUCAAGUGCCCAGCUUCCAGCCCGCCAGAGGACUUUCUUUGAUCAACCACUUCCUUGGAGGCACACCUCUUCCAAACACUAAAAGAUCCAACUGAUUUCAUUAGAUCAUACGCUUCUUUGCAUUUUCAGUGCUAAUUUAUAGUACAAUUUGAUCGCUUUCAUCUUCCAUGAUUUAUAAAGAAAGUAACAACUUGCUACUUA